CGAUUGUGUAUGUGCGAGAGGAAGUUCAUGAUAUGUCGUGAUUACCGGCUUGCUUCUUCUACCGUUUCUCCCUAUUUUAAGGUCUCGAAAUUUCAUAUAUGGUCUCUUAACUUCACUGUGAAUGCUUGUAUGGUAAUUGCAUGGCAGACUUUCCUUCGUCAUUCCGUUACCCCACACCAUGAGCAAAAAGUUCAAGUCCCAGGCCUCCAGCAGUCGAGCUGCUGCAGGUGGCUUUGGAGGGUUCCCUAGCCCUUUUGGCGGGUUCUCGAAUGCUUCUCAAUCGGACACGCGUGCUCCCUCAUCGCUGUCAUACGUGGCAGAACCUCCGGAUCUGACUCGCAUAUCGGAGCCGAAUCUGGUAGUGGCAUUCAAAAACCUUUCAAAGAAAGAUGACAUCACUAAGACCAAGGCCUUGGAAGAUAUCAAAGAUACGAUAGGGAAACUUAAAAAUCGUAGCGAUGAUCUUGAAGAAGGGGUGUUGGAGGCUUGGACAAAAGUAUAUCCACGCACUUCAAUAGAAAAUUCUAGGAGAGUUCGACAGCUUGCACAUCAGAUUCAGGGUCUGAUUGCGUCCCUUGCCGGUAAGCGGGUUGCACGCUAUCUUCCUAAAGUCAUUGGGGCCUGGCUGGCAGGGCUCUAUGACAACGACAAACUUGUUUCUCGAAGCGUCUUCGAGUCAAUUACAGACGUAUUCUCUACAGAUGAAAAGAGAAAUAGUCUUUGGAAAGUAUUCCAAACUCCCAUACUCGAAUUUGUCGAUGAUGUUAUUCUCCAUCAAACAGUCUUAACCCUCAGCGACGAGCGAAUUGUCAAGCCCGAUGACGCUGAAUCUAAAUUUGCAAGGGUUUCAGCUACAGCUAUCUUACUUUUCAAUCGUAUUUUGAGCACCGCGUCGCAACAACAAUUAGACAAGGACCUUUCUACAUUUCACACACUUUUGGAGAGCAAAAUUCUUUGGUCUUUUGCCCAUCAUGAGGAUCCGUUUGUUCGACGUUGCAUUUACGCUCUUCUUCGUUCGUCUUUGACACAGGGACUGGAAGGCAAUGAUUGGAAAGUUAUAAGUCAACAUGUCAUUUCUCAGGCCCUCUCGAUAUCCCAGCUUGGGUCCGCAACAGAUUUUUCGGAAACCAUUCUGCAGCUGUCGCAGGUCAGGCCCCAAAUAUGGACUACAGAUUUCAAAGGGAAAUCUUCAGCGAGCAAGAGACUACAUCAAUAUAUCAAAAGGGGAUCUCAGGGUGCCUCAGAAUCGUAUUGGUCAAACCUCGCAAAUCUACUGCAGAUUAUCCCAAAAGAUAUUAUUGCUGGGUAUGGUUCAAAGACAGAUGAUAUAUCUGAGAUUGAAAGUUUACAAGCAACGGCUCUUAUGGAAGACUUUAUAGAAGGUCUAUCGUCUAGAGAAGAGCCCCGACAUAACCUAAAGACAGGAUGGGCGGCAUACGUCGAUACAGGAGUCUGGUUGUCAACACUGCUAGAUGGAACCGCCAAAGGAAUAUUCGUUUCAAAACAGUUGACGCAACUCUUUGAUCCAUAUGUGAACGGUGAAGUCGACGGCCAGUGGGUGCUACCUAAAGAGAAUGCCCAGGAAAUAUGCGUUACUACUUUCCUAAGGUUGGCCAAUCAUGGAUAUACCGGCGAGUUGGAACUCGCGUGGACCACAACUAUUCAGAAAAUAUUGCAGGCAGUCAAAUUGUCGCUUCCAGAACAGUCAAAGGAUUUUCGAACUUCGCAGGAUGAGAUAUGUGCCCGAGCCGCUCGAUUCUUCAAGCUUGAAGCGGCUAUUAUAUCAAAAAUAUCCUCUACAUCAAAUGCAGUCUCAGAUAUGUUUCAAGAUCAGACUUUGCAGUUGGUGGAAGGAUCGAUACAGGUACUACAGGCACGAAAUGGUAAACCUUAUGGUGCUGCUGCAAUUCUAGAAGAGGCAAUUCGCCACGUCCCGAACCUGAUUCAAACUUCACAACAAUUAGCUGAAGCUCUCAAGAAUAACAUACCUCAAUUAUUAUCGACUCCGUCAGCAGACAGAAUCAUGUCGACACUUCUCCUGUGUCGCGAUUGGCCUGGUUUUGAAUCCGUGCUGGACACCUCUCUUCAACAAAUAACAGAGACAGAUAUAGGGGAUUCUGGUAUAGCCGCUCUUGAAAAAUUGUUAUCAACAGUGGAUUUUGAGCACGUGCAAGACCUCUCUCACUUUGCUUUUAUUGUGACGGAGAGUACUAGGAGUGCUACCCUUGGAAAACGAUCGGAUUGGGUCUUAGUUUUUGCGUUAACACGAAAUCCAACCUUGCCGAAUGAACUGAUCGAUAAACUGAUUCUGGCAUUGCUGCAAGGUUUAUCGUCAGAUGAAGAAAUUAUCUUAGAGACACUCUUUGGACUAUCAUCACUCGCAGCCCAGAAUCCACAGGCGAUGCAGCGCUUUAGGAAAGGCAGCCACGGCUCCAAAUUCGUGUCAAAAUUGUUGUAUCUCGCCGAAUCAUCAAUUGACGAGAUCGCUCAAAAGGCAGCAUUGAUAGAGAAGAAAUUGAAGGAGACGGUGUCUGCUGAAGUUACUUCAGAGUCUAGCUUGGAAAUACUAAAGCAGGGAAUCAAAGAUGUGGGAUCCGAAUCACUGUCGAUUGAGUCCUUGGCUAGUAUUGCGGAGGAUCUCCUUCAGCGUUCGGAUUUACAAGAUUAUCAAAAUAUAUUGGCUGAAAUAUUUCCAUCCGAGGAAUUAUGGAAGAAAUCUUUAGAACCAUUCUUGGGCUUACCGCCUAGACCAUCAGCAUCUAUCACAAGCCCUUUAGGUGGAGCUGUCCACCUUGUAAGUCAUGAUCUGUCAACUUCGUUCUGGACCAAGCUAGAGAAUGUGUCUCGGGAUUCCAAUGGGGAAUCAUCGGCUUUUCGUCUGACCACCUACGCGACGAGGCUUCUUGCUUGGAAUAAUGUGUUUGAGUCUCUAAAUGUCAAGCAACGCGAAAGCCUGUUCUAUUAUUUUCCAUUGGCUCUUCAGUUGAUCGAUGAUGAUACUAGCAUUGAGAAUUCGAUAGGAAUAAUUGGAUUGCAGCUACCAGAAGACCGCGAUGAAGCCCUGGAGAUCUUGAGCAAUGGCCGAUCCAUUAUCAGCAAAUGGAUUCGUUCAGAUGCCCGUUUAAUUGAUAAUGACCUUUGUAUCUCAGAGGAACUACGUUUCUUUUGGAGACAAAAGACUGAACACAUUACAGAUACCUCUCCUGAGAGCUAUCGGAUUUGUGAAGUCUUUGUGAAGGUUAUGUCUGAAAUAGACGUGGCUAAAACUUCGGAUGAAUUGGUUGCUCUCGCGAGAGAGAUUCGGAAAUCCAACCCUCUUCGAGCUGCGGCUGUACUCGCCGUAUGGGGCCCUUCUAUUUCUUCUGGCCCAGCUGGUACGCGACUUUGCAAUGAGCUUGUUGCAGAGGCUACAGGGUUUAAUCUACAGAAGAACCGUGAGGGUUUAAAAAACAUCAUAUUUGUCAACAUCCUUACGCAGGGUAUGAAGGCGAUCAUCGAUUCGAUACCUACACAACGGUUGGUAUUUCUUGUUAAGAAUCUUAUUCAAGUUGUACAAGCAAAUACGGAUUCUAUGGAUGUUAGAAGUGAAGCUUUCAAAGCCCUCGCAGCUGUUUUACGACCCCUGAGUGAGAUAUAUGGAUCGCAUUGGGCUGAAGCGAUAGAGCUUCUACAUACUACUUGGACCGAAACUGGCGGAGGAGAUUCUGCGCUUCCUGUACUGCACUCUUCGUUUAGGCUUUUUUCGGCGUUGAAUGGCCUUGUACAGUCUGAAAGCAAUGAUGACCUAGUAGAUGCUUGGGCUGAAGCAAAGAACGAUUUAUUCGAGAGUCUCAUCUCUAGCUUAUAUAGGAUAGAUUCUUCGAGUUCUACCUAUCAGCCUCGAGAUAUAACAGCCGAUCUUUUACGACGUGAACUCCUGAGUGUCCCAGUUGAUUCUCUUGCAGGUCGUACUGAUAUAUUUUCUCUGUUAGCUGUUCAAUGCAAAGACAUUCAGCAGGCUGCCUAUGAAAUCUUACAUCGAUAUAUUCCUCGAGCUCAAGAGCAGGUUUCUUUUGAUGUUGCAUUGUCCAAGACAAAUGUUAAUCUUCCAGAUGAACUGCUUUCGUUGUUAUUAGAAGCACCGAAAGCAGAUAUGAUCACAUUUAUGAAUGACGAGAAAGCAUGGCUCGGCCUUCGAUCUUACAUGUUGAGUUGGAAAGUAGUCUUUGAUCAUUUCUUGAAUUCGUCGCUGCCAGUCCAGGAGAAUUACUCUGCAAAUAUUAAAGAGAAUGAAUUGUUAGGCCCUCUACUAGACUUUACUUUUGAUUUCCUACAGAAGCCUCGUGGGAAGCUUUUGAACGCUUCGAAUUUUGAUAUUCGUUCGUGGGAUCCGAGCAUUGAACCCAGUGAAAAAGACACACAAUGGCUCGUCAUUCACUUGUACUACUUGGCCCUUAAGCACCUAGGAGUCCUCGCCAAAAAUUGGUGGAUCGAUAGCAAAAAGAGAAUCAAAGGCCCGGUUGAGACUUGGACAGAAAAAUAUAUAUCCCCGUUUAUCACUGAAGACGCCUUGAAUGGCGUUUCGGAAUGGACUGAGACACAGAACCAAGAUGAUGAACGACCACUUUCCGUCAAGGUAUCUCACCGGACGGGUGAACUUGUUGCUAGCAUCCCAGUGGACGAAGAUUCCCCUCCUGUGGCAAUAGCCAUCUCCCUUCCACCUUCCUACCCACUGCAACCUGCAAUAGUAACUGGGAGAAGCCGUGUUCUUGUCGAUGAAAAGAAAUGGCGCAGUUGGUUGUUGGCUGUUCAAGGUGUGAUCAUGUUUUCGAAUGGUAGCCUUGUGGACGGUUUACUGGCAUUCCGAAGGAAUGUCCAGGGCGCCUUGAAAGGGCAAAGUGAGUGUGCUAUCUGCUAUUCAGUUAUAUCGACCGACAUGCAGACACCCAACAAACGUUGCGCUACAUGCAAGAAUACUUUCCAUUCUGUGUGCCUCUUCCGAUGGUUCAAGAGCAGCAACCAGAGCACAUGCCCCCUCUGCCGGAACAAUUUUGUCUAUGUUUGAAGCAAAACUUUCGGUUUUUUGCAUAGGUCUUAUGAAAGAGAAGCGCAUAUAACAUGUAUAGUACAUAUUUAUUAUAGAUAGAUGAAUUUCUAGAAUGAUGAUUCAAAUCAGCAACA